AAAAAAAAAAAAAAAGAAAUAAAAAAGCAGAAGAAAAUCCUAGAGAUGCUGCCGUCGCUUGGGAAAACAAACAGCUAUCCAGGCACUUAAAAAAGAGGGAAACAAGGAGCGGUGACCAGAUGCAGGCAUCUGGUGAAAGAAUGAAUGCUGGGGACUGCAAUGGAUGCUCUUAUGCAUCAGGCAAUGGUAGAGAGUCAACCACGGAACAGGACUUUUACGGUCCAAACAGUCAGCAUUCCUCAACACCUUGCUCCGUUACUGAACACUCUAUCAAGGUGGAGCUGUGCAGCGAAGAUGGAUCACCACAGCCUGAGAACAGAGGGGCUGUCAGAGAUAGUAGCUGUGGGGAUGACAGAACAGAGCUGAAUGCAGAAGGGAGUGCAGAGCACACUGGGGUCGGACAAGGUAAUCUUUACAGUGAGAUGGCCACUUCCAAUCAUGCUUCCCCUGGACCCAUUCGGCUUGCCAGUGGCAAGCUCCAAUGUGAUGUGUGUGGGAUCAUCUGCAUUGGACCCAAUGUGCUGAUGGUGCACAAGCGAAGUCACACUGGUGAGAGACCUUUUCAAUGUAACCAGUGUGGAGCAUCCUUUACCCAAAAGGGCAACCUGUUACGCCACAUCAAGCUGCAUUCUGGAGAGAAACCUUUCAAAUGCCCCGUUUGCAACUACGCUUGCCGGCGGAGGGAUGCCCUGGCUGGACAUCUAAGAACACAUGCAGUUUCUUCACCGUUGGGGGGAAAACCUUUCAAGUGCAGCUACUGUAGUCGCAGCUACAAACAACAAAGCACUUUGGAUGAUCACCUAGAGCGCUGCCACAGUUUUCAAAAGAGCCAGGACCUGCAGGCUGCAGUCAACACGCUGACAGAACAGCACAGUGGUGAGUCGCUAGAUAUCGAGCCAAUAGCCAAACCUGCACUGGAGCCGUCCAAUGAGAAACCACACUUUGUUGAUAGAUUAGCUGCUAGCAUCACCAAACGAAAGAGGUCGACGCCACAGAAGUUUCUUGCUGACAAGUACAUCCAUCUUGACCUUCCUGAAGCACCUUAUGAUUUGUCCUCUGGUUCAGAGAGGGACGGGGAGCAUUUGACCCCCCAGCCAGCUAAUGAGUGCACUGGAUCGGGCAAGAAACAACUGCAAGACUCCAGGAGGAAACUGUCUCAAAUCCAUCCUGCCUUUUUGUCUGAGCUGCGCACCGUUAUGAGCUCCAUCCAAAGCAAUGUGCCUCCUCCAGGAGCCUCGAGCGGGCUCACAAUGGCGCCUCUGGUACUAUCCGGUCAAGAUGUAGGUGAAGGGUGCGAUGGUCAGCCCUCAGCCCACAGCCACACCACCUCACCCAACGGAUGUCCCGACUCUACAGACACAGAGAGCACAGCUGAAGAGCACAACGCAAGGGCUGCAGCACACACAAGUACCUCCAACAACAACCAGCACCUCCACUACCAAACCGUAGGACUGCCCCACAGCCCUCCCACCUCCAGCCCCAGCCAGGCCAAAGAAAUGGACCUAGACUGGGACAGAGCGUGCCCUGCACCCCUCACUCCAAUGAAGAGGAGUGCUGGCUCUCUAUUCCCCUCCAGGGAGGCGGUGCAGGUUCUGCACAGAGACGGCCAGCGCCUACGCUCUUUCCACUGCCGCCACUGCCACAUCCUCUUCCUGGAUCACGUCAUGUUUACCAUUCACAUGGGCUGUCAUGGCUUCCACCAACCAUUUGAGUGCAACAUCUGUGGCCACCGCAGCCGGGACCGCUAUGAGUUCUCCUCACACAUCAGCAGGGGAGAGCACCAGGUGGCCUGAGGUGAGCGGGUAGGGGCGAGAUGAAUGGACGUGACUGUUUUACUCAGAACGUCGCAGGCUCAUGUUCUUUCUGCACCAGAUCCUAUUUUCAAUCUCCAGUGUAAAAAUUUGAAUUUGAGGUUUUAUUCUGGCGUUAUCUACUUCACUAGAGCAGAGAGCAGAAUUUAAAAAUUCAUGACAGCAAAUGAUAUACUACGAUUGAUUGCUAUCUCUUACUAAAUCAUCUGGCAAAAUGUGAUUUUGCUUAAAAAGUGCCUUCUUGGAGGAUUUCCUCAAAAGUAAAAAAAAAAAAAAAAAAAAAAUGCUCAAAAAAGGUUGACUAGCCAUCUUUUCCUACAAUUUAAGAUGCUUCAUGAAACGGUGGUGUGCACAGGCAGUAAAGAAAGCACCGUGUUUACAUUUUAAGAAUUGUAUCAGGAUGCACUAUUCAAAGUGUGAGGCGGGCCUCCCCUAAGAGUUGUUAGAAGACACCAGAGGAGGCAGGGCAGUUUGGAAAAAACAUUUUCGAAACCUAAGCUGACUUCAGUUAUGUUUAAAGUAAGGCUGUUAAGUUAACGCAUGCGAUUAUUCACAAAAAGUUAGCGCAUUAAUCAUGUAGAAACUCAGACUAAUCACGCAAUUAAUUGUGCUGCACAUGUGACAAUCUGUCACUUAAUUUCUGUUUGUUUCCUUGUUUUUGUAUUUUCUUCCCAUCAGUGCUCUUAUUUUAUUCCAUUUCCUGUUUGUUCCGCGGAGCACUGUGUUUUUUCCUCACCUGCCGUUGAUUGGCAGCCGGUCCACACCAGCUGCCAAUCAGCAUGUUCUAUUUAUGCUUGUCUCGUGCACUCCUCAGUGCUCGAAGAUCGCUUUGUGUUGGGACCUACUUCACGCUAGACUGCAUUCACUUUCUGUUGAUGAUAAUAAAACCAUCUUCCCUCCUCCUCGCUCUCCUGGUUCCUGCAUCUUGGGGUCACAAACAAUUGCAGCCACGCGAGUUCCUCACAGGAAGUUGCUUUUAUACCCAAUCAUGGCACCCACCUGUUCCCAAUUAGCCUGUUCACCUGUGGGAUGUUCCAAAUAAGUGUUUGGUGAGCAUUCCUCAACUUUCUCAGUCUUUUUUGCCACUUGUGCCAGCUUUUUUGAAACAUGUUGCAGGCAUCAAAUUCCAAAUGAGCUAAUAUUUGCAAAAAAUAACAAAAGUUUACCAGUUC